AUGUCUCUUUCUGUGUCAACGGCCGAGAUUCUGGUAUCUGACCUUCCCACCAAAUCGGUCACUCUGACUCCGCUCAGAGCGACUGUGGUUCGCGAAAUCCAGACUACUAUCCAGCCCGGCCAGAAUGAAAUUACCAUCCUUGGGCUCGAUCCUCUGGUUGACCCGGAUUCCAUCCGUGUCGACGGCUCCGGUUCAGCAACCAUCACCGACAUCCAGACCGACAAAGUUCCUCGCCGCGAGAAUUUCGAGGAUGUCUACCCUGAAGAGUCGGACAAUGAGUCCAGUGAGGCAUUAGAAACCGACUCGGAUGAAGAUUUUGACAUCGACGAUUCGGAACUUCAGGCGGUACGAAAAGAAAUCGCAGAGGUUGAGGCUGCUCUCGCCAAAGCGCGCGGCAAUCAAUCCAUGUCUGUCGCCGUUUCGAAUAUGAUGGAGGGCUACGGGAAGAAAUUGAGCAUGGAGAAUGCGGACGCGGCGAAGCUGAAUGAUUUCCUCCAGCUUUACGUCCAGCAGCACUCGGUCGAAUGCGAACGUCACCACAAGUCGACAGUGGAAAUACGAGAGGCCGAGGAAAACCUAGAGCGACUCAAUCGAAAGCGAGAACGACUGGAAACCACGUAUAACAAAGCUAAGGAGGCUGCUCUGAAGGAUGUUCGCAAAGAGCGCAAGAAGCGCCUGCGGGAGCGCGAAGAAAAAAGGAGGAAGCAGCAGCAGUUGCAAAACGAGCGAAGGCGGUUCUGGACCCAUACCGUUAGUCAGGUCGUGGUCCAUCUCGACAGUCACUCGAUGAUGACUCCAGGAUCGAGCCGUCGCAGCUCGAUCGUGGAAAAGGCCGGAAGUAGCACCGAUGUUAUGGACGUGACACUGCGUCUGACAUAUGUGAUUCCCGGUCCUCGCUGGCUUUCUCGCUAUGAUCUCAGGAUUAGCACUCCUUCUUCGUCUGCUCGUCUGACCUACCGCGCCGAGUUUCACAACACCUGCUCCGAGACAUGGCGCGACUCCCAGAUCACUUUGUCCACCUCCCAGGCUUCCUUUUCGGGGCUGGAGGAGCGCAUUCCUCAAUUGCAGGGCUGGCAUAUCAAGUUGGAUCCCAACAACGCAGAACAGCCUUCAUGGAACAACAUCUUGCGCAGCCUCGACGAACCUGGCCAGCCCCUCCAGGCUCACGCAAAGUUACUUAAACAAUCGUUUGCGGAAAUGCAAAAGGCAGAUCAACAGCGCUUUGCCCCCGGCUCACUGUUUGGUCCACCGCGCCCGGGCGCUCAAACCGUCUUGUUUGGCUCUUCAAGCGCACAACAGCAAAUACAAAAUCAGCAACAGGCUCCGAUCGAGCGGGUGACUGAGCGGGGAGAGAGGUUGGAUAGCCUACCUGCAUCUGGGUUCGGGAUGGCCAUGUCGGCACAAAGACCUGCGUUCGGGAUGGCCAUGUCGGCACAAGGACCGGCAGCAUCCCCAUUUGGGACCUUAUACUCCAACACCGCCGGCUUGAACACCGACGGCUUGAACACCGACAACGAAGGCGACGACGAUGAAGAGGACGAUGACGAGGAUAGCCAAACCCUUGCGGCCGCCAGUCUGGAGCACCAGGACUCCGUCAAACAAGACUACGGAUUGACUACGACGUACGAUCUUCCAGGUCGGCGUACGCUGGUGCCGUCCAGCGUGCAUAGACGGCACGUGCUGGCCGAGCUGGACCUAAAGUCCAUGACUCUCACCCACAUCAUCGUGCCCAAGAUCCGCGCGGCGGCCUUCCUUCGCGCCCGCAUCCAGAAUACAUCCUCUGUGACCAUCCUCCGCGGCCGAGCGGGCAUGACAGUCGACGGCACCUUCCUGGGAACAACCAGCUUGCCCAACUGCGCGCCGAACGAUGCCUUCAAUAUCUCCUUAGGUGUCGAUCCGUCUAUCCUGGUGACGUACGCGAAGCCGUCCGUCCGCCGCGUCGGAGGCGGCUUCUUCAGCAAGGAGCACACGGCCGUCUUUCGACGGACCUGCUGGGUGAAGAACACCAAGAGCAUUGCGGUUGACCUGAUUGUGUCCGAGCAGGUACCGCUAAGCGAUGAUGAUAAGCUGCGUGUGCAGAUCCUCGAGCCGAGGGGGCUGGAAAAGGAAGGCGAUCAGGUGAAGAUGGCGAUGGAGAAGGGCAGCGGGAGCGUAUCACUGGCCAAGAACGGCGAGGUCAAGUGGAUGUUGAAGUUGCAGCCGGGCAAGGAGAUCCGAUUGGCACUGGAAUAUGAAGCCAGGGUCCCUCAGGGAAGUCAGGUAGAAAUUGUCAAAUAA